AUGAGUUCCCCAAUACCUGACACUCCAUCAGACCGUGAUGAUGCCCGAUCACGUAUGACCUCGCCAGCCCGCGAUUAUGAAAUGUUUGAGGAUGAAGGAGCCAUUCUUGGUGACCACCCCAUUGACGAAGAAGAGGAUGAUGGAGAGGAAUUAUUUAAUGACAAUAUGGAAGCAGAUUACCGUCCAAUGCCAGGAUUGGAUAGAUAUGAUGCUGAAGAUCUUGAUGAUGACGACUAUGAAGCUAUGUCUGUUGGGGACCGAGUGGCUGCUGAGAGGGAGUUGCAGAGAAGGGACAGAGAUGAAGGCAGGAUAAGAAGAGAUGAUAGAGGACUAUUGUAUGAUGAUUCUGAUGAGGAAAGCGGAGACGCGCCCAGAGCAAAACGCCGCCGAGCAGCGGAAAAGGCUGCAACAGGCGCUGAUGAACAAGUUGAGGAAGGCAUUGAGAGUAUUGAAAACUUGGAAGACACCAAGGGUUACACAACUAAGGAAUGGGUAUCCAUGUUGGGACCAAGAACAGAAAUUGCCAACAGAUUUAAAAACUUCCUCCGCACCUACACUAACAGCAAAGGCCAGUAUGUUUACAAGGAGCGCAUUCGUCGUAUGUGCGAACACAAUCAGGCUUCUUUCCAUGUGGAAUUUGAUUGCCUUGCCAAGCGAGAGCAGGUCUUAGCUUACUUCCUACCAGAAGCGCCAUUCCAAAUGCUGCAAAUAUUUGAUGAAGUAGCUAAAGAGAUUGUCCUACAAAUCUUUCCUAGCUAUGAGAGAGUUACUUCAGAGAUUCAUGUUAGGAUUGCUGAUCUGCCAUUGAUAGAAGAGUUAAGAACAUUCAGGAAACUUCACUUGAACCAACUUGUUAGGACUGUAGGGGUGAUAACCGCCACCACUGGAGUCCUACCCCAGCUGUCUGUAGUCAAAUAUGACUGUAAUAGGUGUGGGUAUAUACUGGGGCCAUUUGUGCAGUCACAGAAUUCAGAAGUUAAGCCUGGGUCCUGUCCGGAAUGUCAGAGUGCUGGACCAUUUAUGGUCAACAUGGAACAAACAGUCUACCGUAACUACCAAAAGGUGACAAUUCAAGAAUCCCCAGGCAGGAUACCAGCAGGUCGUAUACCGAGGAGUAAAGAUUGUAUUCUGUUGGCUGACCUGUGUGACCGUUGCAAGCCUGGUGAUGAAGUGGAUCUUACUGGCAUCUAUACCAAUAAUUAUGACGGAUCAUUGAAUACUGAACAGGGCUUUCCAGUCUUUGCGACAGUGAUAAUAGCCAACUACAUAGUAGUGAAGGACUGCAAACACAUAGUUGAAUCUCUUACCGAUGAAGAUGUAGCAAACAUAAUAAAAUUGUCGAAAGAUCCGCAGAUCGGCGAACGGAUUGUGCAAAGCAUUGCGCCAUCUAUAUAUGGCCAUGAUUACAUUAAGAGGGGGCUGGCUUUAGCAUUGUUUGGAGGGGAGCCUAAAAAUCCUGGUGAAAAACACAAAGUACGCGGUGAUAUAAAUGUACUCAUUUGCGGAGAUCCCGGUACAGCUAAAUCUCAAUUUUUAAAAUAUACCGAAAAGAUAGCCCCAAGGGCAAUAUUUACAACGGGGCAAGGUGCUAGCGCUGUAGGUCUUACUGCCUAUGUUAGGAAGAAUCCCACUACCAGAGAUUGGACAUUGGAAGCCGGCGCCCUAGUAUUAGCCGAUAGAGGCGUGUGCCUGAUAGACGAGUUCGACAAAAUGAACGACCAGGACAGGACUUCCAUCCACGAGGCCAUGGAACAGCAGUCGAUAUCCAUAUCUAAGGCGGGCAUUGUCACUUCCUUGCAUGCCAGGUGCUCAAUAAUCGCAGCGUCCAAUCCAAUCGGCGGUCGCUACGACGCCUCGCUCACAUUUAGCGAGAACGUGAAUCUCUCGGAGCCGAUAUUGUCUCGAUUUGAUGUCCUCUGCGUGGUUAGAGAUGAAGCUGAUCCCAUGCAGGAUGCGCAUUUAGCUAAGUUCGUAGUGAGUUCGCAUAUAAGACACCACCCUACCCAGCGCGGUACAACGUUAGAGGAAACAAACGAAAAUGACAUCACAUUACCACAAGAUCUACUGAAGAAAUAUAUAGUUUACGCUAGGGAGAAUAUACAUCCCAAAUUACAGAAUAUGGAUCAAGAUAAAGUAGCAAAGAUGUACAGUCAGCUACGUCAAGAGUCCCUAGCAACCGGCAGUUUGCCCAUCACAGUGAGGCAUAUUGAAUCUGUGAUACGCAUGAGUGAGGCGCAUGCGCGUAUGCACCUACGCGGCCAGGUCAACGAGGAAGACGUGAACCUGGCUAUUCGCACCAUGCUGGAGAGCUUUGUUGAAACGCAGAAGUACAGUGUCAUGCGCGCUAUGAGACAAACCUUUCAAAAAUACUUAUCCUACAAGAAAGAUCACAGUGAACUUCUAUACUACAUUCUGCGGCAGCUGACGAUAGACCAGCUGGCAUACAUGCGAGGGCUUCACAACUAUUCCCAAUCCACUAUAGAGAUAUCGGAAAGAGAUCUCUUGGAACGAGCGAGGCAGAUCAAUAUCACAGACCUGAAACCCUUCUACGAUAGUCGGAUAUUUAAACUCAACAAAUUCAGCUAUGAUGCAAAACGAAAAGUUAUUGUACAUGUGUUGCCAGAUGUACCAAGUAGUGCAUGA